AUGGAGCUUUGUGGACCGGGUGGUUUUGGAGAGCAGGAGCUGGGCAGGCCUACGGAGCGCUGCCUGCCAGCUAAGGGUGUGAUGUGCGAAGCGGAGCUCUCUUUCACGCUGGAGCCCAGUGACAUCAUCGCUGUGCAGGAGCAGCCGCUCAUGCUGCAUUGCCAAGUGCACGGCAUCCCGCCCAUCGCCACACACUGGAGGCAUAACGGCCUGCUCUUAACUCAGGACCAGCAUCACACCACCUUCAUCAACGGCUCCCUACUGAUCGGCCACUUCCAGAAGACCAAGUCCGACGGCUCCUCUGACGAGGGCGACUACGAGUGCAUGGCCCAGAACUCGUUUGGGAGGGUGCAUUUGUGCGAGCUCACAGCGGGGGUCUGGUGUUGGACCGACAUCCCGCUGCCCGUCUAA